AUGGGAGGGGAUGAAGUAGGGGAAGGCAGAGCAGUGUGGUGCAGAGGCUGUGGGAGCAUCGGCGUGUCCUGGCUGGACGUCACUGAGGUGGCACGUGCCACACGCCCUUCCUGUGGCGGGGUAGGACACGGGGGGCCAGGGAGUGAACCCCUCAGAUGCGUUGCUCAUCCUGAGGGUAAUGGGGUGUGCGGCAAGAAUGGUGAAAUAACUGGCACGUUACUCAGGGGAACUCCCGUGAGCCGAAUAGGAAGGCGCGAGGACACGUUCAGGAGGGACAAGGGGGUGCGUGUCACCCGCCAGGGGGUGGGAGCCCCCAGGCCAUACUCAGAGCGGAAAAGCCCCCGGACAGCUGCGACAGCGGCAUCCUCCAGAAACGACCCCAACAGCCCCGUCAGGGCCGAGCGGGGACCCUCCGAGGAGCCGCCGCCGGCCGAGGCCCGGGAGCUUCCCCGGGAAGAUGCCGCCCCUGCUACCCCCGCCCGCCGGGCCCGGGGCAGCGAGAGCACGGAGGGGCUGGGGGGCCUGUCCCCCGGCGAGCUGACGGCCAUCCAGUGCAAGAACAUCCCCGAUUACCUCAACGACAGGACGGUGCUGGAGAAGCACUUCGGCCAGUUCGUCAAAGUCCGACGGAUCAUGACCAGGCGCAAUAAAAAAACGGCCGUUCUCCACUUUUUUGAUCAUGCCUCUGCAGCUCUUGCCAGAAAAAAAGCGAAAGAGUUGCACAAAGACAUAGUAACGUUUUGGCAAAAGAAGAAAACGAGUCCAGCAAAAAGAGAAUUUUCACCCAAGGAGAAGAAAGCAGGUGAAGAUGAAGGAAGGCAAAGCAGUGAAGAGCAAAACUAUCAGCAUUCCUCUCUUCAGAAGCCUUUAAUGAGAUCCUCUGCCAGCAGUGUCAUGCCUGGUAAAAGUUCUCCAGCAAAGAAGCCUGGUCUUCGAACAACACUGCAGCAUGCAGCAGAUCUGUUUGAUUCUAGUUCUGAAGGGCAGAGCUCAGAGGCCUUGUCAUCUCUCAGUAACCUGGUAGGAUUAGUGGCUGAGACAUCUGAAGAAAGAUACCGUCUUUUGGACCAGAGGGACAAAAUCAUGCGACAAGCUCGAAUAAAAAGGACUGAUCUUGGCAAAGCAAAAACUGUUGUUGGCACUUGCCCCGACAUGUGUCCUGAAAAGGAGCGCUACAUGAGGGAGACGAGAAACCAGCUCAGUAUCUUUGAAUUACUUCUAGGAUCUGACAAGGUAGAUCAUGGAGCAGCAAUCAAAGAAUAUAGUAGGUCUUCAGCAGAUCAGGAGGAACCUUUGCCCCAUGAAUUGAGACCCUCUGAGGUGUUGAGCAUGACCAUGGACUAUUUAGUGACAAACAUUAUGGACCAAGGAGAAGGAAACUACCGAGAGUGGUAUGACUUUGUCUGGAACAGAACUCGUGGAAUAAGAAAGGAUAUAACCCAGCAACAUCUCUGCAACCCUCUGAUGGUGUCUCUGAUUGAGAAGUGCACUCGCUUUCACAUCCACUGUGCUCACCACUUGUGUGAAGAGCCCAUGUCCUCCUUUGAUGCCAAAAUCAACAAUGAGAACAUGACUAAAUGCCUGCAGAGCUUGAAGGAGAUGUAUCAGGACCUGGCUAACAAGGGGAUUUACUGCAAGAGUGAAGCAGAGUUCAGAGGUUAUAAUGUCUUGCUGAAUCUCAACAAGGGUGAUAUUCUCAGAGAAGUACAACAGUUUCAUCCAGAGGUUAGAAACUCUCCUGAAGUUAGAUUUGCAGUUCAAGCUUUUGCUGCUUUAAACAGCAACAACUUUGUGAGGUUCUUCAAGUUAGUGCAAGCCGCUUCCUAUCUGAAUGCUUGUCUCCUACACUGCUAUUUCAGCCAGAUUCGUAAAGAUGCUCUCAAAUCUCUCAAUAUUGCCUACACUGUGAGCACCCAAAGAUGUACAGUGUUUCCCUUGGAUCACCUGGUCCGUAUGCUAUUGUUCAAAGAUUGUGAGGAAGCAACCAAUUUUAUCAGUUAUUAUGGCCUGAGUGUAUCUGAUGGCGCUUACGUGGAGCUGAAUCGCUCGGCUUUCUUGGAGCCAGACGGGUUACUCAAACCACGUAAGUCGGUGUUUGUCAGCCAGAAGCUAACUGUCUCUGUUGGAGAAGUUGUAAAUGGUGGGCCGUUGCCCUCGGUGCCUCACCAUGUGCCUGUGUCCAGCUUCAACGGACAGAAUAAGUAUAUCGGCGGAAGCACCCCUGUGGAUCAAGCUAGUAGUAGCCAAAAAUCCAGAGUGGAAGCAACAGAAGGAAGAGGGGAAAGCAGAGGUUUGGAUUUAGAUGCUGCAGCAGUGAGAGUCCAGCCUGCAGCUCAUCUUCUGCCCUCACUGUUACCUUGUCAGCUCGUGCCAGUGCUGCCUCCUGUGCAGACAAUCUCCCAACCUGCUGGUCAACCUGAGCCCCUCUCUUCAAAGCCUCAGCCUGCCUACACAGACACAGACAUUGAUGAAGUGGUGGAUGAGCUCGUGCACGAUGUCCUCAAAGGAGAGUGCAGAGAAGUUGCCAGAGCAGGAGUGACUUACAUGACUGCUGCCAUCUGCACCUCAGAGGCCACCGUGGAGGAACUUGUGACUGAAGUGAUGGGGGAGAUCCUCAGACAAGUGUCUGGGAGUGUGCUUAGCACAGAAAGGGAGCGUGUCAAAGAGGAGAGGCGCAGAGUGGAGGAAGAGAGGCAAAAGCAAGAAAGAGAACAGUUAGUAAAGCAGCUGAGCCAGUUGGUGGGUAUGGAGUUAAUGGAAGAAGUAAUAAAGGAGAGUGUUCAAGAAGCUUCAGCCAGUGAGUUAAAAUGUGCCUUGGAAAGAGACCGUCAAGCUCGUAUUGCCCGGUGUUCAGAAGAAGUUUGUGGUCAUGUCAUGGACCUCUUUCUGGAGGAUGAGAUUUUUCAGAUUGCUAAGGAAACCCUUCAGGAGCUCCAGUGUUUCUGCAAGUACUUGCAACGGUGGAGGGAGGCAGUGGCAGCUCGAACAAAGUUAAGACGUCAAAUGAGGGCAUUUCCAGCUGCUCCCUAUUGUGCAGAUCCAAAAAAUAAACUGAAAGCACUGUCCCCCAGUGCUGAGUGCCCUAUAACCAUGGAGAACUUGUCCAGGAGAAUUGUAAACCUGGGGAAUGGAGGAAAGCUGGGAGUCUCUUGCACUAGGUUGAAUUGGCUGAGAAACAAGACAGUGCAUGACAUCAAAGUUCAGCACUUCUACCAGCAAUUGUUAAGUGAGUUUGCUUGGAUUCCCCUGGAUCUUGUCUCAUUAAUCACUGAACAUACUCCAGUUCAACAAGAACAGGUUUUUUGGAAGGUGCUGUUGGUUUUGCCAAAUGAUGAUGAAUAUGUGGAGGAUGAUCCCAACAGGGUACUGUUGGAUUGGUUAAAAGCCAAAUUUAUGGGAGACAAAAACUGGAAGAAAAACACUUCACAUACAGAAGGCAGAAUUCAAACGCUGACAUUAUUUAAUUCUUCUGGCAUGCAAGGCAGCAGAAGCAUCAAAAUCAGUGUGUGUAUAAAGGUGGCACAUGGUGUGCUCUCUGACUCUGAGCUUGAUAUGGCUGAGAUGCAAAAAGACUUGCUUGGAACAAGUGGUCUCAUUCUUCUCCUGCCCCCUCGAGUUAAGAGUGAAGAUGUUGCAGAUGAUGAUGUUUAUUGGCUUUCAGCUUUGCUACAGUUGAAACAGUUGCUCCAGGCCAAACCUUUCCACCCAAUAGUUCCCUUGGUGGUUCUAGUCCCCAGUCAGGAAGAGGAGGCCACAGAGAAAGAAGUAGAAGAAGGUUUGAUGCUGCAGGACUUGAUUUCAGCCCAGCUUAUUUCAGACUACACCAUUGUUGAGCUCCCAGUUUCUAUCAAUGACUUAGAAGGCACCAGAAGGAUCUCUGCGGCUGUUGGCUGGCUGGUAUCCCAGUGCCCUGACUCCCUUGAGCUCUGCAGUCAGACCCUUCGGGAGUAUGUCGAGGAUGGGAUUGAUGGUGAAUUUGGCAAGCGCUUCUACCAUGACUGGAAGGAGAGGCGGUUAGCUGGUCUAUCAUCUCAGGAGCCUGGGAUCAUCAUAGAGCUGUACAACAGUGUGCUGCAGUUUCUUUCAGAUGUGGCAUCAUCAGAGCACCUUUGUGAUUUGUCUUGGCCUGUUACUGAGUUUUCAGAGCCUGGGGGUAACAAGCUGUUGCCCCACCUGCACUGGAACAUGCCUGAUCACCUGGCCUGGCUGAAGAAGGCUGUGCUAUCUUUCCAGAUCCCGUACCUAGAUCUGCCUCCGUUAGGUGCUCCCUGGCGUCCUGUUUGCCACAUGAUUUUUCAGUAUGUGUCUCAGAUUGCUAGUUCUUCCCAUACUCAACCACUGAUCCAGUCUCAGGUGGAGAAUCUGCUGAGCAAAACUUACCAGAAAUGGAAAAACAGGACAUCUGGGAACUCUGAUGAAGAAGGACCUUCUGUUGAUGAGAUCCCUUGGGAUGAUAUUUUGGCAGUCUGCAUUGAUCAUAAACUGAGAGACUGGAAACCACCCAAACUGCCUAUUACUCCAGAAGCAGUAAGUGAAGAUGGUCAGGUUCGUGUGUACUUCUUCAGGGAGCAUUUAAAGAACUUCACUCUCCCAUUUUCUUGGGAGCAAGCCAGACUGCGCACACAGGAGGAGAUCCGGCAAGGGCAUGAGAGGUCAAGGGUAAAAUCUUCCAACUCUUUUAAGAAGCCCUAUAGCGUCUCCAUGAUGCCAGGUCAAUAUGGUUCUGGCAUGAGCAUGCUGUCAGGUCAAGAAAAGAGCAUUCCCAGUACAGAUGAAUUCACAGAAUUCACAGGCACAGCCUCAGCUCAGGAGCUUCUCCCAGAGCGUCUGUUGGCACAGUUGCAGCUAGAGAAAAUGGAAAGCAGGAGGUUUGAAGAACAGUUGCACCAGUGUCUAGCUGAGAACAUUGAGCCCCUUGGUGAUUUUGUAGGUCUUCCUCUCUACCUCCCCCAGUCUCUGGUCUCCACCCCAGCUGUCACCUGUCCACUGAUGAAGAGUCCUGCAUCAUCUGCUCAAGAGGGUGGGAGUCAAGAGGAAUGCAAGCUUUUGGCGGAGGAGCUAAGCCCCAUGCUGUCGGACAGACUGAAACACUUGCAAUGGCUCCUCAAAGCAACCAAGGAGGGUGAAGUUGCCUCUGAGCUCCAUCUGUCUGCUCUGGUGGACAUGGUGGAUAUUUGAGUGGAGCUGAGAUACAUGUGCAGACCAAGACACUUGCCAAAGAAACCCAGGUCUGCCUGAUUUGAACAGAUAAGGUCCUGGGGAGCAUUCCAGAAAAAGCAGGUGUACUGGGAGAACAGAGCACAUGUGGGGCCUGAGCCCUCAUAGCAUGGCUGCCUUGGGCUCACUGUGUCCCUUUGAUUCACAACUAAACUCUGGUUGGUCUGGGACUCCCUCCUUUUCUGCUUCUCAGAUACAGAGAUGAGACAGAUCCUUUUUUUGGAAGGCCUUACAUUGACACUUAAUGGUGAUUUAAAUUUUUU